CCCCGUGGAGAGAGGAGAUGGACGGCUACAAUCUCACCACUGUGACUCACUUUAUCCUCACAGGGCUCUCUGACCUCCCCGAGGUGCGCUAUCCUCUCUUUGCGGUCUUUGCUGUCACCUACCAGGUCACCUUGGUGGGAAACGGGGCCAUUCUCUUGGCCAUCGGGACCGAGAAAAAGCUACACACACCCAUGUACUACUUUCUGGCCAAUCUGUCCCUCUUAGACAUAUUCUGUCCAUCAGCUACUGUCCCCAAGAUGCUGGACAACCUCUUGACUGGGAAUCACAGCAUUUCCUUCCUGGGCUGUGCUUUGCAGCUUUAUUUCCUGGUGGCCCUGGCGGGGACUGAGGUCUUCCUUCUCGCUGUCAUGGCUUAUGACCGGUACGUGGCCAUCUGCUUCCCCCUCCGUUACACCCUCAUCAUGACUAAAGCUCGCUGUGCCCAGCUUAUAGGUGGGACCUGGGCAGCAGGGUUUCUCAAUUCCCUCCUCCACACAGUGUCCACCUUCCGCCUGUCUUUCUGCAAGUCCAAUCGGGUUAACCAGUACUACUGUGACAUCCCCCCAGUGGUGGCCCUCUCCUGCUCAUCCACCUACAUGGCAGAAAUGUUUGUUUUUGUGGUAUCAAUUGUCUUUGGAAUUGGUGCCUUCCUAACUACCACUGUCUCUUAUACUUACAUCAUAUCCACAAUCCUAAAGGUUCAGUCAGUGGAAGGGAAACGCAGAGCCUUCUCCACAUGUACUUCCCACCUCCUGGUCGUUGGGUUGUUCUAUGGGACAGUAAUAUUCACCUACCUUCGCCACUCCUCCAACCAGCACUCCCCAGCCAGGGCCAGACUCAUCGCCAUGCUCUACGGGGUUAUGACCCCAAUGCUAAACCCCAUGAUCUACAGCUUGAGGAACACGGAGGUGAAAGGGGCACUCAGCAGGGUAUUAUGUCACAGAGCAUGUUUACAGUAA